UGGGACCAUCGAGACGCGGAUAUACACACGGCCAGCAGUGUAGUGGCUGUGACUGUGUGUGACAGUAGUGACUGCAACACAUUCGCGCUCCGCCGUGGACGAACAUCAGCAUCCAACACAGCACGAUAGAAGUAGUAUUAGUACGUUUGCUACUAGCGCUGUGUUAGUAAGCAGCAGUAAGCCACAACGGCGAAACGGCACGUAGUGGUGCCCCAAUACACAGCGGCCCCUUCAUUCGCGAACGGGUAGAAACGCGCCGUCGUCGUCGUCUCCCGACACCUCAUGGUCAUAUUUUACCAACAAAAAUAACAACAAGACAUUAAAAACAUUUAGCGACAUUGAUUAACCAGAGCACAACACAGAGACGAAGGUCAGUUAGUGCCUUUGCUGUUAAGAACGAAGUUGGAGCCGGAAGCGGCAAACAGUGGUGCUCGGGGCUCGGUUUUUUGUUUUUUUUUUUUUGCUGGCUGAGACCCGGUCGGUUGACUUCUCAAGUGUGUAGGAGAUCUGCUUACGGAUCAGUGCGUUUUAUUCUUGGACACGAUACAUCCACAGCGGGUGUUAUCAAGUUUGAGUGCGUGUGUUUUAAGUGCAUGUGUGUGUGUGUGUUUGUGUGUGAUUGUGUGUUUUAAGCUGCAGCUGCUAAUAGGAAGCUAUUACACAUUUUAUCAAAUCCAGUACAGCAGAACGCAUUUGCUGAAGAAUUAAAGACUUAAUUUGCGUACACUAUUUGGAUGCUGUAAGGCGUUAGUGAUCUAGUUUAUUGUAUUGUUUGUCAUCGCAUCAACAAGAUGAUGAUCAGUGAUGUUUUGGUACAAGUAAAAACGUAAUACAUUAGUACAAACAGUAACUAUAACAUUUUGAAGUUUGGACGUGAGCAUAUUGAAGAAGCAUAAACUUUAGAGCUUAAUGGCGGAGUAGGGCGUACUACAAAUCAGCAACAUUUAAUUGAAGCAAUUAUUAUUACCGUGUGCCAUUCCUCUGUGUUGGUGCUGAUUACCCGACCACCUCUGGUCAAGUGUUUCUCUGUGUGUGUGUUUGUGUUGUCCACAGUGCGAGAGUGCAUUCACGUGCCCAGCAGCACGACUGCACUUGACUUCAACGUCGAACGAGGUUCGACAUCGUCGGUUCACGCAGCCCGUCGGUGGGAGUGAACGUUUGACUAAACCACAAACACAUCUUUGGCAGCAAAACAGUACAUCAGCAUCAAAAUACUAUAGCAGCCAUAUACUAUUCACACCACACAACAGCAAUGGCGGGUUAUGUCAACGGUGCAGAUGCAGCAUUUCUACCAAUAGAGGGCAUUCUAGGAGAAAGUGACCUGUUGGAUGAUAUUAUUCACGUAAUCGGUAAAGAUAUACGCGAAGAGAUGCCCCCAGUACCGAACCAGCGACCGUACGUGGAGAUCACGGAGCAGCCGCACCCGAAGGCGCUCCGGUUUCGCUAUGAGUGCGAAGGCCGCUCGGCCGGUUCGAUCCCGGGCGUCAACACCACGGCCGAACACAAAACGUUCCCGAGCAUACAGGUGCACGGGUAUCGGGGUCGGGCAGUGGUCGUUGUGUCCUGCGUCACCAAGGAAGGUCCCGAGCAUAAGCCCCAUCCGCACAAUCUGGUCGGAAAGGAGGGCUGCAAGAAGGGUGUCUGUACGGUGGAGAUCAACAGCACGACGAUGAGCUACACGUUUAACAAUUUGGGCAUUCAGUGCGUCAAGAAGAAGGACGUCGAGGAGGCGCUCCGACUGCGCCAGGAAAUUCGGGUCGAUCCAUUCAGAACUGGAUUCGGUCACGCGAAGGAGCCCGGCUCGAUCGACCUCAACGCUGUCCGACUGUGCUUCCAGGUGUUUCUCGAGGGUCAGCAGCGGGGCCGCUUUACCGAGCCGCUCACGCCGGUCGUGUCGGACAUCAUCUACGACAAGAAGGCAAUGUCGGAUCUGAUCAUCUGCCGGCUGAGUGACUGUACCGCCCCGGUGUCCGGUGGCAAGGAGAUCAUACUGCUGUGCGAGAAGGUGGUAAAGGAGGACAUUAAGGUGCGCUUUUUCGAGAAGAAGGGCAACGCGACGGUGUGGGAGAACUAUGCGGAAUUUUCGCACACUGACGUGCACAAACAGGUGGCGAUCAGCUUCCGGACGCCACCGUACAGAACGAUCGACAUCAGUGAUCCGGUGCGGGUCUUCGUACAGCUGGAACGCCCGUCGGACAACACCUACUCGGAGGCGCGUGACUUCCAGUUCAUCCCGCUAGACACAGGUAGGCGUCGGUUUUCGGCACUGCACCGUGAACUCAUGAAAAAUCCUAGCUCCGACACGCCCGAGAACCAGCUGUUCAAGCGCAUCCUGCUCGAGGGCUCGAACCGGUCCGCCCUGGAGCAGCAGAUGAAGCCGACCAAUGGGUUCGCGCCCCAGCGCCCCGAGCAGGUGGAGGUGAUCGUGCUCGACACACCGAACGUGGAGGACAAACCGUUCGUGGCGGAGACGGUCACGAGCGAUCAGAAAACGACCGAAUGGAUACAACGAAACGAAUUCAACGACGGUGGUUCGGGCUCGGGCGAUGACAAUCAGAUGGUCACCGGUGACACGAACAACAACGUUUUUCAGCCCAAUUCGUUCGAUCUGCCCGAUGGCACGAACAACCAAGUCGAUGAAAAUGCCAACGGAAUGGUCCCUGUUGCUACUGCUGCUGCUGCUACUACUGGCUCUGCUGCCGUUCCGGAUGACGAUCAGACACUGAAGGAACUGUUGGAGCAGGUGGCCGAGCUGGACGAGAUCUACACGGAUCAUCAGCUGCGCCGGGAGAACCUAAUGCUGGAGCAGGAGUUGAAGCAGCUCGAGCAAACCGUCCCCGUCCAGCUCGGCUCGCCCGGUGGCCAACCGAUGGACAUUGACGAGGUGUUUGACGAUGCGGCGACUUACACCAGCCUUCAGCGUGCGUUCAAGAACCCACUCUCGAUCACGCUCGGUCCACCGAUUCCACCACGCCCCGAGCACGCCAAGCUGGACGCGGGCGUGUACGAUGCGGUAGAACCACUGCACGUGCCCACGAUCGACGUGACCUCGCUGAAGCGUGAUUCGCAGGAGCUGGAAAAGCUACCACCGCUGCCACCGAAGCGUGCCAAACCGAGCGUACAGAACAAGGAAAACAACGCGCUCGACGCGAACGACGAGGUGCUGCUGAACACGAUCAUUCGCAAGGGUUCGAUGCGCAGUCUGGCCCCGCGGCCCCAGUCCGAUCAGAUCAUCAUCAUGAAAACUCCCGACAGUCCGCUCAACAAGAAGCUUCCCCCGACGCCACCUACUUCCCCGACGAAGUCGUCCUCGGGUGGCAAUGGGGCGAAUGAUUCUAACACGCUGCCGAAGAAUGACGCCAAGAAGCCGGGCUUCUUCUCGAAGCUUUUCUCGCGCAAGAAGAGCAAAUCCGACCUGACCGCUAGCACCAACACGCUGAACCGCAAAAACACACCGGGUGGUUCGAAGGAACCGAGCCUUUGCGUGGACUUGGAGGGCAAGGAGGGUCAGUCGACGCAUCGUAAGGGUUCGCUGCGUGAUGCUUCUGGGGAGAAGCGCAAAACGGGCAAACCGGUCGCGCGCAGUGUUAGUAGCGUUAGCGCGAGACGACCCGCUUCGGAUGCAAACUGUCCGGACUACAUCUACAUCCCGCUGAAGGGCGAUGGGCCGACGGGUGGCAUGCAGUCGCGCAACGGUGGCAGCGGUACGCACCUGUCCCUCCCGGGCAAUGAUUCGUACGAGCGGGCCAGUACGGCUUCGCUGCCACCGCUCGAUCGUAAAGCGGUCAGUGCGCUGCAGCUGGAUGUGCCGAUACAGGAUGGAAAUCUCGAGCUGGUCGCGAUCGCGGACGCUCGCAGCAUAAAGAAUCUGGUUGAGGGUAACUACGGGGUACAGCUCGACCCGAACGUCGAUCUGACCGAGGCGGAACACUUUGCGCUGUACACGUCGAUCGCACCGAACGCGGCACUGAGCGAGUUUGACGAAACGUCCUGCUACUACGCGCCGGUUGAGCCGAAUCCACUCGCCAGCAGUUCCCAACAGUAUCCACUGAACCAGCAGCAGCAGCAGCAGCAGUUCCAGCAGAGCCAACUAACGCGAAUGGUCACCGAUAGCGAUGUUUGAGAGGAGCUGAACCAUUUUAUUUUUGAUCCCCUUUUAUGCCCGGAGCUACUCCAGAGCAAUGAUUUCUUAUGCAUAUCAUAGAGCAAUUGAAACUCAUCCUGUCCAGGACACAAUGAUACUAAUGUAACGUUUUUCUUUUCUUUUUUGUUUUUGCAUAUUAUUUUGCGGUUUUCGCGGUCCUCCCCACACACACACGCGUGUGCACGCAAACACACAAACCAACUGCUUGUUUCCCAAAACAAAACGCAAAAUCUGAACCUAAACGCAGUCGAUCUCCGAAGAAAGCGGCAGAAGCUGGCGGGUUCGUCGAAUGUGUUUUUGCCGGUAGUAACGGCCCCAUUGCCGGGCCCAUCGCCCCCGAGCAGUCUGGGCAUGCCGGGCAAUAUACCGAACCUGUCGCAGCUGGACGCAACCGGCGGACAGAGUGCGUCGACGAGCGGUUUACCCCGUAAGUUACACCAACAUCUUUCGAAGCUUUGCGGGGUAUUUUUUUUACUGGUUCUGGAUACACCAUUUCCCCAUUACCCGCACAAACACACAUCUUACAUAUUUUCCUUCCGUUGCGUUAGUCUUCUUUCUUGGUGGAGGGUCCGUUGUCUACUUCGUCCAUUCAAACUGUACACAAUCACUAAGCUCCAUAAGCCCAUCCUCACUAUAUAGUUGAUCUCUUUCGACUUCGUUUACCAUUGGGUUUACUCAUUCUCAUACUGUAGUUAUCGUCACUUCGUCCUGCACUAGUCUUCGUGUUUUUGUGAUAUUUAUGUGUCCAAUUUGGUGUCCUCUGUCCUUUUUCUCUCUUGCUGUGUGUAUCUUCAUGUCUGGAGAUGCUUCCGUCCACAAUUCAUCAUUUUGUAGAAUCAAAACACACACAAAAAACAACUGUUGUUUGGCAUUUUUGGGAGCAAAACAUAAAGGGUUAGCCUCCAUUUUAUUGGCUUGUCUUGGACUGGUGGAGAGGUUGUAGUGGAAUUCGAGUUGGGAUGUUGGUGGUUCCUAAUUGUUGUUUGCUCCUUUGGGCUCAUUGGAAGUUGUCGUCGCCGGUGAUGGUAGAAAAUUGGAAUUGAUCGUACCUAAACAAAUAACAAGUAACAAAAAACCAAAAAACUACGGUAAAAAGGGUUAACUAACGAGUGAAAUGACACACAAAAAAAAACAGUAAAUCCGUUACAGCAUAAACUCGUAACAAUUUGAACGAAGCAACAUUGCCAUCUAUUUGUGAAAUUUGUUAGCAGCACGUGCGAGAACGCGCAUGUGCGACCCGGUGCGUAGGACAGUUUUGAAAAUAACGAACCUUUAUACUGUUGCCGACAUUGUCCAGGGGGAGGUUUGGGGGCAUCUAAGGUGUUCAGAUGUUGAAUUUUUGUAUUGGAAUUAAAAAAAAAGGGACUCGUGUCAGAUUUUUUGACAACCAGAUGAAGCGGAACUUGCUCGGUCAGAUGUUUGUAGGAGAGCUUUGGAGAGCGCAGUAGAACGAAAUACCUUUUUUACAAUGUUUUACUUAGCAGGGGGGCGAGAGUUCCUAACACGAGCCCUAUUUUAUUAUAAUUAUAGUGAAUUUUGAUCGGAUGUCAUUUAAAAGCGUUUACAUGUACUUUGACACUUUGACAAAAAAAACAUGGAAGGUAGUAGGUAGGAGCUGGUAGUACUAGUACUUUGCAAAGUGGUUUUGAGUUGUUUUGAGUUGUUUUCUGUUUUUCUGUUUGUUUUUUUUAUUGUUGGUCAUCUCGAACGAAUUUGGUAAACUAUAUACCUAAAUAUAUAGAAUAAAUCUAUUAAAAAUUGGUGACUUAAAGAACUGUAAAACGAAGCAACUAUUGGGCACAUUGGUCUUGCUGAAAAGGAGAAUUUGAGUGCAGUGUUCUACAAUCUCUAUAUAAAAACGUCUUUGUAAUAAUAACUUUAAAAAAGAAACUCAAAAGAAGUAAACUCAAGUCUUGCAGCAAGCGAAAUAUUGAAACCAAAUACAAUAAUACAAACAAACAAAAAACUCCCCUAUACCACUUAUACUAGCAAUUAGGUAACAAAUGUGAGCUCAAUGUUGGCUCCGUAAAUUUGUCGCAGAGCGACUUGAGUUAGUUUUUACUAGUUUAAUACUUACCGAAGAUGAAAGCAGCAGCUAAGCGUGAACAGAAAAAAAUGUGAAUCUUUAUAAAAGAUGUAACAAAUAAAAAGCCGUGGUGUGGAAAAAGUGGAAAAUGAGUUGGAAGGCGUUGAAUUUGUUAAUCGUUGCAGAGAGUGUUUGUAGGUAAAUCGGUAAAUUACAGGCUAGAAGUUACGUUUCGCGUCAUCUUUAGUACAAGUGUAAGAGUAAGUGUGCGUGUGCGUAGGUACGAUUUAAGCGUUAAUAGUGUUCACAUCAGCUAACUGAUUUAGAAUAGCGUGUUUAUGUGUACGUGUGCUUGUUUGAGUGGCUUUGACAGUUUUGUUUUUGGGUUUAUUUUUUACUUCAUCUGUUAGCUUCUCUAAAAAUUUCUAAUCAUACUUUCGUGCAUGGUUUUAUGUUAAUUUUGUCAUUUUUUUAAAAUUGUUUUUGCAUGCUUUUUUGGUGGUGUUACUCUUAGCUAGUUGAAUAUGUAAAUUUGAAUUGUUUCUUAAUUCUUUACAUGUUUUCUAAUUUUCCAGGCGGUAUUUAUACCUACCACAAUGCAAGUGCUUUUCAACAGAUGCCAAAA